AGCCGAGUCCAUAAGAUCCAUAACGGGCGGGAGUCCAAUGACGAGUAAAAUCUUCAUGACGCCUGGCUUCCACUUUCGCAUGAAUUCAACAGAUUUCCCACACACAAAAUAAACGUUAAAAGAAAAGAGAAGACCCAUCUGAAGCACUGCGCAUGCCGGCUACCCAGAAACAUCCGACCUCUAUCGACCAAACAAACCAGCCGGCGGCCAAACCAGCUUGCUCGUCGAACAGUGUGGCGCUUGAUCACGUCGGGGGGCUGUCAGGUGGGGAGACAUGUCACUCGCGACUUGUAAGCCAAACUUCUCCCCCAAAUGUCGCGUUGUGCCCGCGUUUACCAUCGAAGUUUGGCAGCAUAACACAAUACCCAUCCCCGCCCCAUGUGCUGGUGCUUUCAAGGCCCGAAGGCCGAAGCCAACGACAUUUCGGCUGUAUUACGAACGAGGCGACUUUCCACUUAUCCUAGAACCAGUGGUUCGGGGAUUUAAAAUUAUCUGGAAGGUACCAAUAGAAAAGCUGGACCUUCAUCACUACUUGCCACUGUUUUUCGAUGGACUGUGCGAGUUGACGCAUCCUUACGACUUCCUCGCUAGACAAGGAGUGCACGACCUCCUCCGCAGAGGAAAGGAUAAAAUUCUGCCAGUGGUGCCUCAGCUCAUCAUCCCUAUCAAAAAUGCGCUCAACACGCGGGCACCGUCCAUCCUCUGCGUGACGCUGCAGGUGCUGCAGCACCUGGCGCUGUCGGCCGACCACGUGGGAGAGGCGCUGGUGCCUUACUACCGCCAGAUCCUCCCCAUCCUCAACCUGUUCGUCAACAAGAACGUCAACCAGGGAGACGGCAUCGACUACUCGCAGCAGAAGAACACCAACUUGGGCGACCUCAUCCAAGAGACGCUCGAGAUCUUCGAGAAGACGGGCGGAGAGGACGCAUUCAUCAACAUCAAGUACAUGGUGCCCACAUACGAGUCGUGCGUACUGAACUAGUGCGACGCGAGCAGCGCGGACCGAGGCGCCCGCCGGCGCCGGGCUAAAUCGUCAGUCACGUCCUAGCGUCUUUCACACAAAUGUGCUUGUCGAGCUUUUUUGAAUAUUACCACGCACCUAGCCUGACUCGCUUGUUUGACGCGAAAGACCGCAGCUACAUCACACCACGCCUAGGUCGAGCGGGACGGGCCAGCCCCACCCCGCCGCUGCAGCAGACCACAGCGCUAUGCAUUAGACGCAAAUAAACUCGUAUCUGCA